AUGGUGGAUCUUGGCGGAAAGAUGGCUGUCUUGUGGCAGAGUUAUGGGGCUCGUGUUGACAAUGUUGAAGAAAAAAUUAUUUGGUGUGCAGAGAUUGGGCUCGAGAGGCGUGAUGGAGAUGAGAUGUGGGGGAAUGCCGAGUGGUCUGAUGUCGUGCUCACAACCAUAGAACCAUGUAACUUUUUGGAUGCGGAUGUUCUUUCUGUUACUGUUUGA